UGUCAACGGCUACCCAGCCAGAGCCAGUCGAUCAAACCAUUGAGUAAGGCAGCCUCAACGUCGCCCCAUCUCCCAUAGCUAUAAGUAAAGCCGAAUACUGCUGCUAUUCUUAGCAAAGCAAAAUAUAUUUAGCAGAUCCAACUCAGCACAGCCAAAGCGUGACAUUCCAUUCCUUCCCUUCGCCAAAUGGCCACGAGAACAGAGUCGUGUCUGCUGGGCCACGUCCUUCUCGCCGUCUCGGCGCUCGUCGUGGCGGCGGCGGCGGCCGGUGACGACCCGGGCAAGAUCGGCAUCUGCCACGGCCGCGUCGGCAGCAACCUCCCGCCACCGGCGGCCGCGGCGGCGCUGCUGAGGCGGAACGGGGUCACCAAGGCGCGGCUCUUCCUCCCGGACCCGGCCGUGCUCCCGGCCUUCGCCGCGGCCGGCAUCGACCUCAUAGUGGGCGUGCCCAACGAGAACCUGACCUUCCUCUCCGCGUCGGGGCCCGAGGGCGCUGCCCAGUGGCUGCGGUCCGCCGUCCUCGCGCACGCCCCCGCCGAGCGCGUCCGCUACCUCGCCGUCGGCAACGAGGUGCUGUACAACAACCAGUUCUACGCGCCGCACCUCGUGCCCGCCAUGCAGAACCUGCACGCCGCGCUCGUCGCGCUCGGCCUCGACGGCAAGGUGAAGGUCUCCUCCGCGCACGCCUCCUCGGUGCUCGCCGCGUCAUACCCGCCCUCCGCCGGCGCGUUCGACGCAGCCUCCCUCCCGGUCCUCCGCCCCAUGCUGCGGUUCCUGGCCGACACCGGCGCACCAUUCAUGGUGAACACCUACCCAUUCAUCAGCUACGUGAACGACCCCGCCAACGUGCAGCUCGGGUACGCGCUGUUCGGCGCGGGAGCAGCGCCGGUGCAGGACGGCGCGCUGGUGUACACGAACCUGUUCGACGCCACGGUGGACGCGCUGGUGGCCGCGCUGGAGAAGGAGGGGUUCGGGAACGUGCCGGUCGCGGUGACGGAGACCGGUUGGCCUACCGCGGGGCACCCGGCCGCGACACCGCAGAACGCCGCGGCGUACAACGCCAAGAUGGUGGAGAGGGCGGCGCGCGGCGUCGGCACGCCAAGGCGGCCCGGCAUGCCCGUGGAGACGUUCCUGUUCGACCUGUACGACGAGGACGGCAAGCCCGGGGCCGAGUUCGAGCGGCACUUUGGGAUCUUCAAAGCGGACGGGAGCAAGGCGUACGAUAUCAACUUCGCGUAGAGUUGAAUGCAUUUAGUUGCCUGCUUCGGCUUGCUGCUCACCAACUGGUUGAGUUGUGAUUAUUGCUCCUGCCAGCUCUUAACCUCUACUCUGUUCUGAUUAUUCGAACUAGUGAGUAAAGCACAAUGGACGAAUGGUGACAUAAUAUUCUCAGAAUAGACAAGUGCAUAAUCUCGGUA